GCGUGACGUUUUGACCGAAAUCGGAACUGGGCCAACUGGCAUGUAUUUUCAGGUCAACAGUUGUAACUCAUUGAGAUUGUAGUGUAGUCGUCUUUUGUUUUUCUGAUACAAAUUCGUAGAGUUUAUCACAUUAUUUAAAAGCGUUGGUGUAGAGGUUCGGAUGGAAGAAGUAUGGGACUGUUGAUAACAAAGUUAUGGAGCCUCUUCGGCAGCGAAGAACACAAGGUCAUACUUAUCGGUCUAGAUAAUGCAGGCAAAACCACGCUGUUGUAUCAAUUUUUAAUGAAUGAGGUAGUACACACAUCCCCCACCAUAGGCUCCAAUGUGGAAGAAGUGACGUGGAGAAACAUACACUUUCUCAUGUGGGACAUUGGUGGGCAGGAGUCGAUACGUACAGCCUGGCAGUCAUACUAUGCCAAUACUGAGGUUGUAAUUUUGGUUGUGGAUAGUACAGACCGGGAACGGCUGUCCACGGUGAAACAAGAGUUUUAUAAACUACUUCAGAGUCAGGAUUUGCACAAAGCAUCUUUAUUAGUUUUUGCCAACAAGCAAGACAUCAAAGGUUCGAUGUCAUCUGCAGAAAUAUCCAAAUAUCUCAACCUGACGUCUGAUAAGUGUCUACCGUGGCAUAUCCAGGGGUGCUGUGCUCUUACGGGUGAAGGUCACCUACACAUCAUCCAGGAAGUGUGA